GUUCCAAGGGAUGGGUAAAAGUUCACUCUUUGUCACCCGGGAUGCAGGAACGAGAACUGAGUCUGAAAAGGUGUUAAAGAAAAUGUGUAGAAACACUCUGGAAUCUUAGCUCACUGGCUCCAAGAAGCUUCAUCCCUGCAACCUCUCCAUUGGAAUCUAUGCGCCAUUGACCCUAUAGGAUUCUACUUUUUAUUCAUCAUCAUUCAAACUCAUUUUUUGUCAAUAUGUGCACACCAGAGCCCACCUGCCCUGAAAAUGCCACCAUCUGCUCGGGCACGUCCUGCCUAGUGCCGCGAGAUCCGUUCAAUGACAUUCUCAAUGUGGUGAUGAGUACCACGCUUACCAUCCUGCUUGCCUUGGUCAUGUUUUCAAUGGGCUGCACUGUCGAGGCAAGAAAGCUCUGGGUACACAUCCGCAGACCAUGGGGCAUUUUUAUCGGUUUCCUGUGCCAGUUUGGUAUCAUGCCUUUCACAGCCUUUGCGCUUUCACUUAUUUUCAAUGUGCUUCCAGUCCAGGCUAUAGUUAUCAUAGUUAUGGGCUGUUGCCCUGGAGGUUCCAGCUCCAAUGUUUUCUGCUACUGGCUUGACGGAGACAUGGACCUGAGCAUCAGCAUGACGGCAUGUUCCUCAAUCCUGGCUCUGGGAAUGAUGCCUCUUUGUCUAUUCAUCUACACCUCAGCCUGGACUUCAGGCGAUGCUAUCCAGAUCCCUUACGACAGCAUCGGGAUCACCUUAGUGAGUUUGCUUGUGCCUGUCGCCCUUGGGAUAUACACAAAACAUAGAUGGCCCAACGCAGCCAAAAAGAUCCUAAAGGUGGGGUCCGUGGUGGGAAUCCUCCUAAUCGUCAUCAUCGCAGUCAUCGGUGGUGUGCUCUAUCAGUCCUCAUGGACCAUUUCUCCUUCGCUUUGGAUCAUCGGUACCAUUUAUCCAUUUAUCGGCUUUGGGUUGGGCUUUCUCCUGGCACGCUUUGUGGGACAACCUUGGUAUAGGUGCCGGACCAUCGCAUUAGAAACUGGCAUGCAGAAUGCCCAGCUGGCAAGUACCAUUACCCAGCUUUCCUUCACCCCUGCAGAGCUUGAGGUCAUGUUCGCGUUCCCCUUAAUCUACAGUAUCUUCCAACUGGUUGUGGCUGUGGUUGCAGUGGGAAUCCAUUACUUAAUCAAGCAAUGUAGGCAGAAGAAAUCAGCGGACGAGGAUGGGGAAGGCACCGUUGAGGAUCAGAAUAAGCAGAAUCACGCCUUGGAGAAUGGUGGCUUUCACUGUGAUGAGAACGGCAACUCGGAGGAUAAGGACAAAGGUACAAAGUUGUGAGCUAAACAUCUUUCUGCUAGCCUGACUGGUCAACGCUGAUCUUCUGGAGACAUGAACUGUGAACAAGCUCUGAGCUCAUUCAGAGAGUGAAGAGUUAAAGUCCACCCCAGUCAACACAACUGGAUGCACUUUCCUACUUUAUAUACACAGGCUAUACAUAAACCUUUUUGACUGUGUAUUUAGGUUUGUCUUUGGUCAGCAAAAUUCAGUUAAUACAUUGUAGAAAUUCACUGACUCAUAUGUCUUUAAAAAAGUAAUGACACCGGUGUAAAAAAGGAGAUAAAUCUUUAACAGUAGGUUGAAUGUAAGCUAAUUUUUUACUUUGAGUGUUACUUUCUAUGCACAUAAUUGUAAUAGACCUUUAAGAAAUGAUUUGGUUUUUAGAAUAUUUAUGUAUGAUGUAUGAUGCAGACUUUUUUUUUUUUUUUUACCAUGUUCGAGCAAUGGGACUUUUCCACUUACAGUAUAUUGUAACCAAAGCAAUGGGACUUUUCUUUCUUUUUUUCUUUUCUUUUUUUUCAAAGCAUUUAAUUGCUACUUUCAACAUUUAAACAUUUACUGCUUAAAAUAUAUCAAAUAUGUCAUUUUAAACAAUAUAUUUAACAUUUUAAUAUGUUUGUGAUAUUUAUAUGCAGAAGAAAACACCAUAAUAGGAAACUCAUAAAUAAAUUAAUAUUCAAAUGUG